UGACGGUGCCAUAGGAUAGGAUAGUGGAUAACUAGCACAAGCACAAGUACAACUGAUACUCCACGGCGAAUAUCACCGUUGAGUCAUACCUCGCCACAUUUCACUCAUUCAUAGAUGCUCUCUUCUUCUACCUGCGUUGUUGUACGUUCUUAAUCGCAAUGUCGUUCCAAGCGACGGCUGCGCGCUCGUCACGCAUAACGAAACCAAGAAAGCAAUCUGCGGCAUCUGCGUUAGGACUGCGACGAACAACGUCCUCUCCAUCUACAACCAGUACUCGGCGGAAGACUUCUCAGCCUACGAGAUCGACUAGCUUUGCAGGUGAAGAUGAAAAGUUAGAUGAUACCGGGGAGAUUGCUUCAUUGGCUGCAGACCUAAAUUUCCGCGAUGUACCUCAAUAUAUGGAAUACAUCCGCAAUAGGAUGUUUCAAGAUAUCCCACAGACCGGCGCAGGAAUGAAUUCGACUAGAAUUGCAGAAGUACUGAAUUACAGAAAAGCCUUACCCCCCAUAGUCACGAUAGCACACAUUGAUGCUUUAAGCUCGUCAUCAACCACCACCGAGCGCGAGAUUGUGGAACUGGCUCAAGCUGGCGUCCUUCGUCGGGUAAUCAUACCCAACAGAGGCGUAGGUGCAGCUGCCGUUGGCGAUGGAAUUGCUUCGGUAAUAGAAUGGCAGAGAUUAAUUCGCUCCCACCCGGAUCUGGAUGCCGACCUGAAGGAGAAAUAUAUCGCGGUCAUGAACUCGAACCCGACGACGACGGCUAUACCAAGUACAGCUUUUACACCUGCUGAGUUGUCAGCACUCACUGCAUCUGGUUUUCUCACGAGUUGUGCGUCUCCGGAUAAUCGCUCUUCACUCUUUGCAUCACCCGGGGCUGGAAGUCUAGGGACUCUCGCUUCUCUAUCGUCUGCUGGGUCUCGCCAUGCCGCUGGAUCUCUGGCUGCUGUAGGCGGUGCCGAAGCAACAAAGCAUAUGGCAGGAGGUGGAAUUGGCCAUCGAAAGAUGCCGAUAUCCUAUUACAACUUUUCCCUUCCGCAUACAGGAUCGCACAUGAAGCUUCUCGUCGAAGCACGCACGCAUUUUCUGAGCCUCUUGAACAAAUCCAAACAUAAGGAGGCUCCCUUCGAUAUCAUGCGCGAACGCUGGGACGGCGGGAUCCCUGCUCAGGACCAACAGGCGAGAGCCAAACGAGCAAGGGGCGAGUUCACUGGCGUACUCCCUAGACGGACGAAGAAAUGGAAACACUUUUACGGCAUGCGGUUUGAGUGGAUACUAGAAGAAUGCGUAGGCGCAGGCCUGGUCGAGUGUUUCCAGACGGGCAGUGUGGGCUUAGCUGUGAGGACAAUUACCUGAUGGAUUCCCUUCCAUGACGCUCCUUAUCUGGACUUCUCAAUGCCUUUCGUGGCGACGAUUCUAGACGCAGCCUUUCAAUCCUGCUGCUGAUGAAGUUCUUGAGAGAUCUUUCAGCCAUGUUAACAAGAACACUCGCCUUUGUCGCUUCUGCACAACUUGCCUUCCACAUUCUCAACCUCAUCC